AUCUCAACAGCAAUGAAAAUUAUGAAAAUGAUUAAUGAUUUCCAGUCUGAUUCUUCUUCUCAUAUCCGUUGAUUGAUGGUGUUUGCUUAAUUUUUUUCUUCAGUGAUGAAAUGUGUGUUUUUGGUUUUUAUUUUUUAUUUUUAAUUUUGGCAUUUGUUAGUAGAAUUUCCUCCUGCUCGAGAGUAUUGUUAUGGUGCAUACUAUUUUUUUUUUAAAAAAAUCUUUUUGGUAGUAAAUCUGUUAUUCUUUUAUGGGAAUUGGAUUGAAUAAGGAUCUGAAUUUAGUGGAACUAGAUUUGUAGUAAGUGGGGUCAGUUUUUGAUCUGCAUAAUCCAAUUCAGCGGGACAAGAUUUCGUUCUUUCUAAUCUGAUCUCUUUCCUCCUUUGAUCGUGUUAUUUUCCCUUUAGGUGAUGGUUAUAGUGUUCAUUUGCAUACGUUGUACUGAGUUGAUGCUAAUUUAGUACAUCAACAGACUCUUAAUAUUGUAUGUUGGCAGUAGAUAAUCCUGUUAUAUUUUAGUAUUGUUUGAAGGCUAGAUAAGUUUAUACAAUCUGACACACGGUUUCGAAAUCUUCAUUACAGUGAUUCAGAUGGGGUUUGGUAGCAUUUAUUGGUGAUUUCUAGAGAGUAUAUACUGAUUUAUGUUCGUCGAAAUUGAGAGGAUGUAUAGCAGUACUUACGUAUACUUGAGCUCUGAAGUAUGAUUUGUAUGGCUUUAUGCAUUUGCUAUUUUGGUUUGAUAGAGUAGGUUGACAAGAAAAGAAAAGAAAAGACGUGAAGCAUUUUAGCAAGUUAACUUGCAUGGAAGUAUCGAUAGAUUAGAGGUACUGGGUUCUUAGAUCUACUUAAUUUGCUUUCGCUGCUAACUAGUUACAACCAUUCUUCUUUGACCAGCUCUUGGCAGUGGCACUUCUUAGUGUUCUUAUGACAUGGGGUCUUGUUUGAACUUCGACAACACGGGGAACAUAACACAGCCGGAAGACUUUUGGCAGCUUGGGAAAGGACUUUGGUUCUAUGAAUAUGGAGGACCUGUUAAAGAAUAUCUGGACAGCCGAAGAGACUCAAGUUAAUGCUACUGUUGAGAGAAAUGGGACCACCCCGGCCGGAAACUUGCAGAGGCAAGGCUCUUUAACAUUGCCACGCACCCUAAGCCAGAGGACCGUUGAUGAGGUCUGGAAAGAUUUGUUUAGUGGAGGUGCAAAAGAUGGAAGUGGCGGUGGGUCUUCAAACUUGGUGCCAAGAGAACCCACUUUGGGUGAGAUGACGCUGGAGGAGUUUUUAGUCAGGGCAGGUGUUGUUAGAGAAGAUGCUCAACCUACUGGAAAGGCAAGCAAUGGUGGUUUUUAUGCUGGUUUGGUUCAAUCUGGUGGUAUUGACAAUGGUUUGAAUAUUGGGUUUCAGCAACUUGCUCGAGAUCAAGGAGUUUUGGGUAACCAAAUGGCAAAGAGUAAGAAUGCACUUUCUAACCCGUCUAAUCUGAUUCUGAAUGGAGAUGGGGUUAGAUCUUCCCAGCAACAACAGAAUCAGCAGCCGCCGCUGCAGCCUCUAUUUCCCAAGCAAGCAACUGUGGCUUUUGCCUCUUCUUUGCCAUUAGGAAACAGUGUUCAGCAGAUAGGGAACAACGCUCAGCUGGCUAGCCCGGGGCCGAAUGCUUCUGUCGUUGGAAUGACAACUGCAGCUUCUACUGUAGCUCAAGGUGGUGUCGCACCAACUGGAGUGAUGGGUAUUGCAGGGUUACGUGGUGUGACAACAGCAGCUGCAGGAGGGUCUCCAGGAAAUCAUUUGCAUUCUGAUGUGAUUUCUAAAAGUAGUUUGGAUUCUCCAUCAUUAUCACCAUCUCCUUAUGCUUUCAAUGAAGCGGGUCGAGGAAGGAGAUCAUCUAGUACUCUAGAGAAACAAGUUGAGCGCAGGCGUAGGAGAAUGAUUAAAAACAGAGAGUCUGCUGCACGGUCACGAGCCCGGAAGCAGGCGUAUACUUUAGAAUUGGAAGCAGAAGUGGCAAAGCUCAAGGAACUGAAUGAAGAGUUGCAGAAAAAACAGGUUGAACUCAUGGAGAUGCAGAAAAAUCAGAUGUUGGAGACAAUGAAGAUGCCGUGGGGAGGUAAAAGAAGAUGCUUGAGAAGAACGCUGACAGGGCCUUGGUAGAACGGGAAGAUAAAAUCCUUGACAAGAAGUACUAAUUCUAGGGCAGUACGAACUCGAGCAUUGUUUAGAUAAGUGGAUUGGAGUAGCUAGCUUGUUAUGAUCUUUUUUCUGUCUCCGCCUGUAAACAUGUUAGGUAGCUUUGUGAACAGAAGCAGGGAGUGUGGUGCAGUGAAUAAGGGAACCUAUUUGUAGCAUAAGAUUUUCCUGUUUGGGGUUCUGUUUGCUUCUCCCUUGACACAAUAGUAAUAGCUAGCAGGAUCUUAAAUCUUGUUGUUCUUGCUGACAUUUUGUAGCUUAAUCUGUCAUCUAAACAAGAAAAAAAUGUAGGGGAUACGUCACCUGUAUCUGAAUAAUCCUCUUCCUCUUAGUAGGAAAAGGAUAAAGCUUAGUUUGACGCUACAUAUUUGACUA